AUGGAGAUGAUCUUCUACUUCAGGGCGUCCUGGCCUGACAGUGCUGCCCCUCGGCCCCCAGGGCCCCGCCCUGCCCACAAGCCACCCAGCUCUCUUCCCCAGGAGUUCUCAGACCUGACUCAUCUUCUGCACUGGCCUCUGACCCCAGGAGAUGGGGGGAACCUUUUGGCCUCCACCAGCCCCCAGACUUCCACCUACCACCUGAGGAAUCCUGCCCAGACCAGCUACACCCUGGGAGGCUCCCUGGAGGCCGUCCUCAUCGCCAGAGACCACCAGGGCAGGCCCAAGACCCACGGUGGGGAUCUGUUUCGCGCACAGCUGCUGGGUCCUGACCUGAAGGCAGGCGUCCCCGGAGAUGUCAAGGAUCUGGAGAAUGGCACUUACCUGUUGACCUUCCCCCUGCUCUGGGCUGGACAGGCCCAGGUGCAAGUGCGGCUGAUCCACUCCAGCGAGGCAGUCGCAGUUCUGCGGGGCAUCUGGAGAGACCAGUGGGCCACAGUUGAUUUCAUGGGCUAUUUCCGGGGACCCAUGGGGUAUGAAGAAACUGUGACUUGCAAUGUUAACCCCCUGUUAAUUGGGGAGGAAGAGUCUACCUGUCACUACAGGGAUGAAGAUUCGGGUGAGCUCUGGUUCUGUGCUCGACCCCCCACCCUGCCCUGCGACUCACUGGUGGGACAUUCAAGUGGACGUUACUGGAACGUGACCACACCACAUGAGGAGGCCCUGCUGGCAAGGAAUGUGACAGACAAGGCCCUCCCUCAGGGCAUUUCUCCAAUCUGGGUGGCCAAGGAGAACAACAGGAGUCUGGUUCUGUCCCCCCAACAACCAUGCCGCCCUGGGAUCCCAGGCCCGAAGCCCUCCGGAUUCUACCACCAAAACAUGUGGCACUCGCUGUCCUGCUCCAGCCGCUCCUUCUCCACUGCUGACAGCAUCCUGGGCUGCCUGGAUGGCCACAUCAUCCACAUGAUGGGGGACUCCACGCUCCGGCAGUGGUGGGAGUAUCUGCGGGACACCGUGCCCUCCCUGAAGCCGGUGGAUCUACACGCUAUGUAUCAGACGGGGCCCCUGAUGGCCGUGGACACCGCUCGGGGCAUAGUCCUGCACUGGCGCGCGCACAACUGGCCUCUGCGCUCCCUCCGCACACCUGUGGCCGCCCUGCACUCCGUGGUCCGAGAACUGGGGGGCCUGGCGGGAGGUCCCCAUACCGUGGUGGUGCUGAGCCUGGGCGCCCACUUCACCACUUUCCCUCCGUCCAUCUUCGUGCAACGACUGGCAGGGAUCCGGGCCGCUGUGGCUGCACUGCUGGCCCGGGAGCCCCGCACUCUGGUGGUCAUCAAACUGGCCAACACCGGCUACAAAUCCGUGUACGGCAGCGACUGGUUCACCCUCCAGGUGAACCGGCUCCUCCUAGCUGCCUUUGCUGACCUCCGUGUAGCCUUUGUGGAUGCCUGGGAAAUGACCUCCAGCCUGGCCCUGCCCGACAGCAUCCACCCAGGGAAGCGCAUCGUCCGAAAUGAAGUGGACUUCCUGCUCUCCCACAUCUGCCCUACCUGAGCGCUCCUGCUGCACCUGAGGCUGUGGAUGGAGAAGCUGGUGCGAUGGUCUAGCCUGGAAGCUCUUUCCCCUUCAGCUGUCUGUACGUCUUCUCUUACUGCCUUCUAAUGCACAGGUCAUAAUAUCCACCAGCAAGAACUGGGAUGUGGGUGGUGGCAGGGGAGGGAAGCCUGGCAGUCGUCAAAUGUAUCUUAAGAGCUUUCCUCCUCACUGGAGAAGACGCGCUGAGGGGAUGAGACCUGGGGACAGAGCCAGCAACACCUAUUCCUUCGGUGCAUAUGAGUGUAUGUGUUGGGCUCUAUGUUUAGGGUGUCAAGGAGCCUUGCAAAGAAUAAGAGAUGGAUUCCACUUAUAUCAGUUAUCAGAGCCACCCAAGUGGAAAGCCUGACUCUCUACAUAAAGGCUUUUAUGGAUUGAUUUGUAAGAUAAAAGUUCUCCUAAUUGUAAAAAGUAAUACAUGCUCUUUGCAGAAAGUUUGAAAGAGUACCAAAAAAUGAACAAAGAAAUCUUUGAUUGUCAUCCAGAGAGUGAACUGAUAUGCUUAAGUGGGGUGAAUGAACAGCUAGAACACAGCCUUGCUAUUUUGUGUGGGGGUGUUAAUGCUAAUAAAAGAUUAAUGCUGUUUUCCUUAUUCGGAAUCCACAGAUAAUGUUUUGAUAACCCUUGUCUCACCAGUGAACCAUAUGGCUGCUAUUUUCUAAUAGAUUUGGUUGAAAUGUUGGAGAAUCAUGUACAGAAGAACCCCUAUGGUGUGCUGGCUCCUGUUCCUUGCCUAAGCAUUACAGUCUAGGUGUUU